AUGGUCGCGAUCGCUCAACGCCUUAUGAAGUUCUUCCUGCUGCUGACCGUUCUGGUCGGUAUCUGUGCAGCCGCAGGCAACAGGAUUCCCAACCCGCCGAUGAACGAUGUCGACUGGAGCAUGGUUGACUAUGCCACCGUGGACCAGGCCCAGAGGUUCCUGGACAUCGGUGCGACGUGGAAUCGAAGGGAGCUGCCAGCCAAUCAGAGAGUCCCGAACUUUACCAAUCGGGCCAUGUCUCUCGUUCAGGAGAGGGCCCGCUUCGUUGGCAGCUACGUCAAGCCGAACCGCAACCCAAACCUGAUGGGAGACAAGAUCACCUACUUCUACACGCUUGUUCACCCGAACGAAAGGCUCGGCAGGGAGAUGGGCCUGGGCCGCAACAUGGGCGACAUCCUCUUCAAGCAUUCGUCUCUGACCAACACGUUCAAGAUCGUCAGGGUCAGUGCAAUCGAGCACAACCCCCAGGUCAACUGGAUGUUCGAGCCCCUCGAACAGAUCCUGCGUAACCACUAA